AUGACCAGUGUUCUUCGUGGAGUGUUUAGAUGCGGAUUCUCUAGAGCAAACAGACUGUCACCAUUAGCGGUGUCCUCAUUUGCCAGAACCACUUCCUUAAGACAAUUUCAAACUUCUCGUAUCAAUUUCGAAGAGAAACAACCAGAAACUUAUGAAGAAGAAAAGGUAAUCAUCGAUCAAAUUAAUGCAGAAUUACCAGCCGCUGAUUUAGAAGCCGCCUCAAGAAUGAGAAAUAUCGGUAUCUCGGCCCAUAUUGAUUCCGGUAAAACCACCUUCACUGAACGUGUUUUGUAUUAUACUGGUAGAAUUAAAGCUAUUCACGAAGUUAGAGGUCGUGAUGCUGUUGGUGCCAAGAUGGAUCAUAUGGAUUUGGAAAGAGAAAAGGGUAUUACUAUUCAAUCUGCUGCUACUUACUGUUCUUGGGAUAAAGAAGAUAAGAGUUAUCAUUUCAAUUUGAUUGAUACUCCAGGACAUAUUGAUUUUACUAUUGAAGUCGAAAGAGCCUUAAGAGUCUUAGAUGGUGCAGUUUUGGUUGUUUGUGCCGUUGCCGGUGUCCAAUCCCAAACUGUUACUGUUGAUAGACAAAUGCGUCGUUAUAAUGUUCCAAGAGUCACUUUUAUUAAUAAGAUGGAUCGUAUGGGUGCUAAUCCAUUUAGAGCAAUUCAACAAAUUAAUGAAAAGUUAAAAACCCCAGCUGCUGCUAUUCAAGUUCCAAUUGGUGCCGAAGACCAAUUGAAAGGUGUUGUAAAUAUUAUUGAUCGUGUCGCAUUAUAUAAUGAAGGACCUCAAGGUGAAACCAUCAGAAAGGGAGAAGUUCCUGAAGAAUUAAAAGAGUUGGUUGAAGAAAAGAGAGCUUUAUUGAUUGAAACUUUAGCUGAUGUCGAUGAAGAAAUUGCCGAUGUUUACUUAGAAGGUGAAGAACCAACUGUUGAACAAAUCAAGGGUGCCAUUAGACGUGCCACUAUCGGAAGAAAAUUCACUCCAGUUUUAAUGGGUUCGGCGUUGGCUAAUAAAGGUGUUCAGCCUGUUUUAGAUGCUGUUGUUGAUUACUUACCACAACCAAACGAAGUCUUAAAUACUGGUUUAGAACUUGCCAAGGAUGGAACUGAAUCUCCAGUUAACUUAAUUCCAUCAUCUAAUGCUCCUUUUGUUGGUUUGGCUUUCAAAUUAGAAGAAGGUCAAUAUGGUCAAUUAACUUAUAUCAGAGUCUACCAAGGUAAAUUAAAGAAAGGUGCCUACAUGACCCACGUUAAGACUGGUAAGAAAGUCAAGGUUGCUAGAUUAGUAAGAAUGCAUUCCAAUGAUAUGGAAGAUGUUGCUGAAGUUGGUGCUGGUGAAAUCUGUGCCACUUUCGGUAUUGACUGUGCCUCUGGUGAUACAUUUGUUGGACAAAAUCUCGAGAAACAAAUUGCCAUGAGUUCUAUGUUUGUUCCAGAAGCUGUUAUUUCAUUAUCUAUUGCUCCAAAAUCCAAGGAUAAUGGUGCUUUCUCUAAGGCUAUGCAAAGAUUCCAAAAGGAAGAUCCAACUUUCAGAGUUAAGUUUGAUGAAGAAUCAAAAGAAACGAUUAUUUCCGGUAUGGGUGAAUUACAUUUAGAAAUUUAUGUUGAAAGAAUCAAGCGUGAAUAUGGUGUUGAAUGUACUACUGGUAAGCCACAAGUUUCUUAUCGUGAAGCCAUCACUACCCCAUCUCAAUUUGAUUACACUCACAAGAAACAAACUGGUGGUUCUGGUCAAUAUGGUAGAGUUAUCGGUGAAAUGACUCCAUUAGAUGGAGAAAACAAAUUCACGGAAGGUGUUGUUGGUGGUAAGAUUCCUGAGAAAUUCUUGACUGCUGUUAGUAGAGGAUUUGAAGAUUGUUUAGAAAAGGGUCCAUUAAUUGGGCACAAGGUUUUAGGUGUUCAUAUGCAUGUCACUGAUGGUCAAACACAUAUGGUUGAUUCUUCUGAAUUGGCAUUCAGAACCGCUUCUCAUGGUGCCUUCAAGCAAGGUUUCUUGAAUGCUAAUCCAGUUAUUUUGGAACCAAUCAUGAAUGUUGAAGUCAGCGCUCCAAAUGAAUUCCAAGGUUCUGUUGUUGGUUUAGUCACCAAAUUGGGUGGAUUUAUUAAUGACACCGUUAACGGUGAUGAUGAAUUCACUAUUAGUGCUGAAUGUAGUUUGAACUCUAUGUUUGGGUUCUCAACUUCCUUAAGAGCUUGUACCCAAGGUAAGGGUGAAUUCACAUUGGAAUUCUCCAAGUAUGCUCAAGCUUCUCAACAAUUACAAAAGCAAUUGAUUGCCGAGUAUCAAAAGGCUAAAAAUGCUAAGAAGUAA